UGUACUCAGGGAGUGAACGGGAAGAGCGUCUCCCCGCCAGAACCUGCGAAGACCUACAAGGUUGGAUGGCUGAAGAAGAGCAGCGGGCUGCUGGGACUAUGGAAGGAUCGCUACAUUCAGAUACUGAAGACACAGCUCCUUGUAUGUGACAAUGAGGAAGAUCAAAAGUGUUUGGAGACAUUGGAGCUUGCCAGCUAUGAACGAUGUCAGGACCAAAAAGGCCUCCUAAAACGUAAAAGGCAUUUCUCAUUGAUCCCGUCCCCGGGCGCAAAGGUGCAAGAAGCCAAAUUUCAGGCCAAAAGUGCUGAGGAACGAGACAUAUGGAUGCAAGCCCUGAACGACGGCAUAAACCGGAAAAAAAACAAGGUCCUCGAUGAGGUGACGGUAGACACUUCAUGCUCUUUGGAACAUGUGACCCGGCACAGAGUUAAAGUCGGAGCAGCAAAGAGAAGACCCCCAACCAGGAUCCACCUCAAAGAGGUGGCAGAGGCGGCAACUGAUGACUCUCUAAGGUUGGGUCUGGAGGCGUUGGACACUGGAAUAUUAACAAUAGUUCCCCCAGCACCCAAGCCUAAGGCAGCAGAACCAGAACCAGAACCGCAAAAGGAACCUGUAAAGAUCCCUAUGCCACCCACAAAGCCAAAUCCUCCACCAACUACAGAGACUACCGCUCCUGACACUGUAGACGGUGAAGUUCAAGCACCUAAAGCACCAGCUCCUCCUCCAAAAAAUCUUAAAGAAAAUGUUUAUGCUCGUGAGAAGCUAAUGUCUGAAAAUGAACAGACUAGCAUGGAAGAAAAUCCAGCAUUUAAUGUUCUUCAAAGCGAGAGCACAGAAAAUCUAAAUGAAGUGAUGAGCUCUCCUCCCAAACCACCUCCUAAAAUUCUUUCUGACAAAAUGAGGAUUAAGUGGGUCGGUUCAGCAUCAGACUUGGAGGAGAAAGAGGACAUCAUGGCGGACGAGAGAGGAAGCAAAGAGAACUUAGUUGAGUUUGAGUCUGAUGAUCUGGAAAACCCAUCAGUCCCACAUCAAGUAGAGUCAUUAGAAGACUUACGAACAGAGGAAUUAAGAAGUCGCUCAAAUAGCCUUCAAGAUGAAUGUAAGAGGGUGUCCCAAUAUCUGAAUGACGAGGACACAGAUGAAGGAGCUCUUCAGGGGACAUCUGCAGAUGGUAUAUGUAACAGCAAUAAGGAUAAAGACAACAAUGAGUUGGAGAAGAACGAUUUACCAACAAGUGAUGUCCAAGAACAGAAUACUACACAACCAAUUGAUGAGAAGAAGUUCCGAUACAUAAAACAUAAAAAGAAAACUGGCCAUGUGACAAUGCAAACACAUCACAUUAAAAGUCAAAUGAAAGCAUCUUCCAUGGGAGACCUCUUAUCUCCAACACCAGAUAAGGAUAGCACUGUGCUACAUCUAACUAAAGACCACUUAGAUCAAGUGGAGUUGAAGCUAGCCUGUGGAAAGGAGAGAACAAAGACUCUGCUAAACCAGAUUUUGAAAGGACAACUUGGAAAGACUGCAGAAGAGAAUGGGGUAGAGUUUAAUCCAGAAACCAUUCUAAAUGAUCUGAUGACCCAACUUCAAGAAGCUUCUGAGGUUCUUCAAGAGAUAAAGGAGAAGGAGCCUAGAAAUAUCUCAAACACAUCAGAUGUAGGGACUGAAAACCAGAAAGAAAAGAAUAAAGAACUAUUGGCACUGCAAAGGAGAAGUGUUCCAUUUUAG